AGUGGGAGAGAGAGAGAGAUCCUGCAGCUGGGAAAUUGUUUUUCCCCAUCCUCCGUGAAGGAGGAGGAGGAGGAGAGCUUUAGAGGCUGGGACUGUGCAAACACGAACAUCAGAAAGAUUCUUCCCAGAGCCGUCAUGGCACAGCUGCUGCUUUGUUCUCUGGCUUUUGUCGUCUUCUUUUGCCUGGCCAAGGGAGCCAUGGAUGUCUGCUACAACUCCCAGGGCCGUGCCCAGCGUUGCAUGCCCAUUUUCGAGAAUGCAGCCUUCAGCCGGCAGGCGCAGUCAUCCAACACAUGUGGCUGGCCCCCCGAAACCUACUGCUUGCAGAUGGGCACGCGGGAAUCCAGCACCCUGUGCCACCGUUGCGACGCAGAGGAUCCCCUGGCGCAUCACAACGCCUCUUACCUGACCGACUUCCACAGCCAGGAAGAGCCCACGUGGUGGCAAAGUCAGUCCAUGGCGUUCGGGGUUCAGCACCCCACCUCUGUCAACAUUACUCUGCACUUGGGGAAGUCUUAUGAAAUCACCUACGUGAGGCUGAAAUUCCACACCAGCCGUCCAGAGAGCUUUGCCAUUUACAAAAGAAGUCGGGCCGAAGGACCUUGGAUCCCAUACCAGUUCUACAGCGCCUCUUGCAAGAAGACGUAUGGAAAGGCGGAAAGGCAGUUUUUGAGAUCCGGAGAACACGAGCAAGCGGCCUUUUGCACGGAUGAGUUCAGCGACAUAUCUCCUCUCAGUGGUGGAAACGUGGCUUUUUCCACCUUAGAAGGCCGGCCCAGCGCCUACAGUUUUGACCAGAGUCCCCUCCUCCAGGAAUGGGUGACUUGUACCGAUCUCUUGAUUUCUUUGGAUCGCCUGAACACCUUCGGGGAUGAUAUUUUCAAAGACCCCAAAGUGCUCCAGUCUUACUAUUAUGCCAUCUCGGAUUUCUCCGUCGGGGGAAGAUGCAAGUGUAACGGCCAUGCCAGCGAAUGCAUCCCUAAUGAAGAAGACCAACUGAUUUGCCUCUGUCAACACAACACUACCGGGGUAGACUGCGAUAUGUGCCAGCCGUUCUACCAGGACCGCCCUUGGGCAAGGGGUACCGCUGAGUCUGCCAACGAAUGCCUUCCGUGCAACUGUAGCGGUAGAUCCGAGGAAUGUUAUUACGACUGGGAACUCUACCGGCGCACCGGGCAUGGUGGUCAUUGCGUGAAUUGCCGGGACAACACCGCCGGACCCCACUGUGAAUACUGUCGGCCAAAUUUUUAUCGUUGGGAUGAUGAGAUGGUGUGUCAGCCCUGCAAUUGCAACCGAGCAGGUUCUUUAAACCCUCAGUGCGAUGCUGCAGGGAAGUGUGAGUGCAAAGUGACAGUCACAGGCUGGAAGUGCGAGCGAUGCCAAGAAGGAUUCCAUUCCCUGAGUGAAGGAGGGUGCAGACCUUGUGCUUGUAACUCCGCUGGAAGUUUGGGUGUGUGUGACCCCAAUUCAGGACACUGCAGAUGCAAGAAGAAAGUGGAAGGCUACCUGUGUAACAGAUGUCAGCCUGGCAGUUUUAACCUACAACCUCACAACUCAGAGGGGUGUACAAGUUGUUUCUGCUACGGACACUCAACCGUCUGUGCAACAGCUCCAGGAUACGAGCCCCGUGACAUUGUCUCCGACUUCAGACAAGGAAUUGACGGCUGGAAAGCAGAAAACUCAGACGGGAGAGAGAUUUUACUACGCUGGGAUGGAGACGUCAUCUUCGUAGACCAAAAUGAACGGGAGGUGACUGGGUUCAAGGCACCAGAGAAAUUCCUAGGCGAUCAGCGUUUCAGCUACGGCCAGCUGCUCUCGGCAGUCCUUCACUUCGGAGACAACGCAACGGAUGUGCCUUCUCCUUCCGUCCAGCUAAUUUUGGAAGGCAACGGGGUCUUUUUAUCAGCGAGACACGAGGACCCGGAAGAAAAAGGGAACGAAAUUCCAUGCAAGGAACGGAUCGUGUCCUUCAGGUUGCACGAGGCAGAAGAGGCCAUGAAUUCGGUUCUGUCGCCUUUCCAGUUUCAGCGGAUGCUUUCCAAUCUGACCAAGCUUCGGAUCCAAGUUAAAAGUAAACCCAGAUCGGGCAGAAUUGCGCUAAAGGAGGUUCGGCUGGCCUCUGCUCAUCCGGGUUUCUCCCAGCGGGCUCCGUGGGUUGAAGAAUGCCUCUGCCCCCAGGGGUACCAAGGCCGAUUUUGCGAGUUUUGCGCUCCGGGUUACAAACGGGAGAUUGCUUGGGGCGGGCCGUUUGCAAGUUGCUUGCCUUGUACCUGCAACCAGCACGGGAGCUGUGAUCCUAAUUCGGGCAUCUGCCAAUGUCUACACAACACCGAAGGGCCCGCUUGUGAGCGAUGCGUUGUGGGGUUCUACGGCAACCCUUUUCUUGGGCAGCCUGAUGACUGCCAACCUUGCCCGUGUCCAGGGCAAGGGCCUUGCGCAACCAUGCUAGACAGCGAAGAAGUGGUCUGCACGCAUUGUCCCCCAGGACAGAGAGGUCGCCUGUGUGAAUUAUGCGAUGAUGGUUUCUUUGGGGAUCCCUUGGGAAGAAACGGAUCGCUGCGUCCUUGCAAGAGCUGCGAUUGCCGUGGCAACACGGACCCCAACGCAGUGGGCAAUUGUGACACUUUCACCGGCCGUUGUCUACGCUGCUUGUACAACACCGCAGGGGAGCAUUGCGAGCGGUGCCAGGAGGGCUUCUAUGGGAAUCCUUUGGCUGCCAACCCAGCCACCAAGUGUGCGCCCUGCAACUGUAACCCUGAUGGCUCUACUCAGGGACCAAAAACUUGUGAUCCCGUUUCGGGUCAGUGUCGCUGCCUCCCCAAUGUAACCGGACGAGAGUGCACCCAGUGCCUGGAAGGCUAUUUUGAUCUACAGCCAGGAGUGGGGUGCAGAAGUUGUCAGUGCCACCCAAUGGGAGCCCAGAGCAACAUCUGUCACCCCACUGCAGGGCAAUGCAUCUGCCAUCCCGGCGUGACGGGGCUAUCGUGCAGUCAGUGCCAGGCUGGCUUCUUUCAAUUCUCUUCCCAAGGCUGCCAAGCCUGCAACUGUUCCCAGAUUGGUUCGGUUUCACUCCAAUGCCGAGACAACAGCACUUGCGUGUGUAAGAAGGGCUUUGUGGGUAACAAGUGCGAAGAGUGUGAUGCGAACUACUUCUUUGACCUGGAAAUCAAGCAAUGCCGGGAGUGUCCCCUUUGCUACAGCCUUGUGAAAGAGGAGGCAGACAGACUGAAGGACAAGCUGACCGAAAUGGAAGCCUGGUUCCAGAAGCCCAGCUGUGACCGAUCCAAAGGCGAAUAUUAUCAUGCGAUGUUUGGCGAGAGCCCACGUGGAGACAACCUUCAGCGCCCGUACCUGUUGGAAGGUGCCAAAGCUGCUUUCUUGGAGAAGAUGACGGAUCUGAAGGGCUUGGUGGAAGAUGCCCACCAUCGGCUGAGCAACACCAGCAGAGCCAUCGCUUGCGACAGUCAACGGGCCACCAAAGUGUGCGGACUCCUUUCCGAUGUAUCUUCCACCCUUCGGUCCACCCAUGAGGACAUCCAGCUGGCCACUGAGAUCCUGGAGAGCACGGAAUUUUCUUCUGAGAUUUCUUAUCCGUCUACAAACUGGAGCCGCCAUGCGAUCAGAUCCAGCGCUUUGGCUCGCAGCCAUGUUGAAAUUGCAUCCUUGGUGGAAGAUCUGGCCAGAAGAGCCAUCCAGGCAUCCAACUCGAGUUAUCAACUUCUGCAAAAUGUUGCAAACGUCAGCAAGAGGAUGCAGGAAUUCAGGCGAGACAUGGAAGAAAGUGGUGAGAAAAUCGAAGAGACCCAAAAAACCCUCGUCUUGCAAAUAGAAGAUGCUGAGAUCCUGGUUUCAGGCCAUCAGAGCAACAUAACCCUGGUUCAGACAAAUACUUUGGAACUGCCUCUGAUCUUGCAGCGCCCUCUGGUGGAGAAAGCUGGAAAUCUGGUCCAAGAAGCAGAGGAAAUUCAACAACUGGUUGAAAGGAAACACCGGUUGGCAACCAACAAAUCCUUGGCUGUAGAAACUGGGUUAAAAGAAAUGCUACAGAGGACUCAGCCCUUGGAAGAACUAUGGCAGAGAACGGACAAUGCACAAGCACUGGCUGAGUCCUCCCUGGCCAACGGAGAGGCCGUGGUGUCUGAAGCGAAGGCUUUGGUGACCACACUGGACGGAAUAAAGACCCUGAUGGAAAACCCUAAAGGCCGCGCUGCAAUCAGGAGGAAGAGGGUUGCAGUGCGGGACAGGACGAUUGCGGAGACCCAGAGGAAGGUCAGGCAGGUCCAGAGAGCCCUGGGAAAUUCUGGAACCGUUUCUGCAAAGGCCUUCGAAAUUGCCCGUGAUGGGGAAUCGGUCUCUAAGAAGAAUGCUAAGGCGGCCGAAGACGUGCUAAGACAGGCCAAGCAAGAGAAGAAGCAGGCCAGCAAAAUGUCUGCCAGAGUUGCUCUUACGAUGGCAGAGAUCUCCAGACAGGAAGACAAAGCCAAAGAGCUUCAGGUCCAACUUGGAAAACCUGAGGAGGUCGUAAUGGAGAUGAAGAGGCUUGGUCAGAACUUCCAAGUGGCCCAACGCUCCUUGGAGAUGGACAUUAAGGCCCUCAAGCAUCUGCUCUCCAAGCUAGGAAACCUGGAUCAAUCGGCAGCUGUGCUCCAUGCAAGCCAGGUCCAGCUGGCAAACUUGAGGCUGCGCCUGGCAGGACCUGGUUCCCUGAAUCAGACGCUGGGCAUCUUAGUACGGGAAGCUGAGCAACAACGGGUAUCAUUGGAAGCCUUCGAAGAAGAUCUGGAGGAGAUCCAGAGCGACAAGGAGAACCUAGAAGCUAUUCUUCGGAGCUUGCCCAGCGGCUGUUAGAGCUGAAAGGAGGCCUGCAAAAUUGAGGAGUGGCAGUGAGGGAAUCAAUAUAGACCCUUUUUUUAAAAAAAGGAAAUGUUCCCAGAAUGCAUCUUUGUCAGGGACAGAGAAUAGCUUGAGUAAACCAUCUGUGAUUCUGGGCUGCCGCAACCAACCUUAAGAAUCAAACCCCGAAAUGGAGACCUCCCAAAUUCAUUGCAGUCCUGAGGACUAGAAACCUGAAACAGCCAUUUUGCAAGUCUUGGGAAAACUGAGCCUUGUGCUUUUUUUGGUCCAAGGAGUUUUGGACCCUGGUGGGGAGAGAAAAAAGAAAAAAAAAAAGAUUCGAAGAGAUUUGAAACCCUGAUGCAGAAAAAUUGAAAAUUGGCUGCCAGGAUCGGGAGUAAAUUCCAGUGCCAGGGAUGUAGAAUUUGCUUGUUUCCAGUUCUUCAGAAGUUUGAGAAAUGCUUUAAAGAGAAAUUCUCAUUUUCUUUUUAAGACAAGCGUUAAAAACCAACAAAAACAACCUCUUAGCUGUGGAAUUGAAUAGACAAAAUGGUGGUGAAAUUGACUGGACCCAGGUUGUGUCAAUAUCUUAUGAAAUUGACCCACCCACAAUGGUGAAAACUGGACAAGAAACAGUGUUUUGGGAAAUCGACAAACAAGCAGAAGAUCCAAAAUUUUGAUAUUUUCCCAUCCCUUGUCCUGAAAAAAUACCACCUUCGCCAACCAAGGACCCAAACCUGCGACGUUCUAAGGCAGUGAUGGCUAACCUUUUUGCCAUUGUGUGCUAAAAGUGGGGGGAGUGCGGGAGGGUCGUGCGUACAUGCCCACACUCAUAAUUAUAUGCGCCCAUCCCCCCAUGCAUGCACGCACGGCUCCCUCCCCCUGCUUUUGGCAUGCGAUGGCACAGUGGGACCGGAAGGCCCGUUUUUUGCUCUCCCCAGGCUCCAGGGUCUCUCUAGAAGCCUGGGGAGGAUGAAAACUGCCUUCCCCACCCAUCCGGAGGCCCUCCGGAGGCUGAAAACAGCCCGCUUGCCAACUUCCGGUGGCCCAGAAAGGCUCUGGAGCCUGAGGAGAGCAAAAAAUGGGCCUUCCCCACCCCGCACCCACCCCCAGGCCCUCCGGAAGAAGGAAACAGCCUGUUUCCCUACUUCUGGUGGGCCCAGAAGGCCCGAAAAUCAGCUGGCCGGCGCGCAUGUGAGCUCGCGUGCCCAUUGAUAUGGCUUUGCGUGCCAUAGAUUCACCAUCACGGUUCUAGCAAGCAAACUGCGGAACGCUUCUCUCAAAUGGCAAAUCCUUCUUGUAUAUCAGCGAUCUGGAAUCCAUUCGCUUGCUGACAUAGAAAGCUAUUUCAGCCCUGUUGAGCUUAAAAGAGAGAAACUCUGCGGUUACAUUCACGCAUAUAAUCGGGAAAGCUUUAUCUGAGUUUUUUAAGAAUACGGGAUUUGUACUGUACAUCUACGUGUGUUAAUAUAUCUCUUUUCCUGACCCCA